AUGGUGUUCACUGAGCAGCUUCAUCCUAAAGGUUUGGGAGAUGUUGUUGAUCAUAUCAACACUCCAACAGAAAAAGAUGAAGGCUCAAUCAAAGUUCAAGACAUCCAGCUGGAGGAUGACUUUAGCGAUGUCGAUGAGAAGAAGGUCCUGCGAAAGAUGGACCUUCGCCUGAUUCCCCAGCUGGCGUUGCUUUAUCUACUUUCCUUCCUGGAUCGAGGAAACAUUGGAAAUGCAAAGAUUGAGGGCCUGGAUAAAGACCUGAAUUUGCAGGGCUCGCAAUACAACUGGACCUUGACCGUCUUCUUCUUCACUUACGCUACUUUUGAGAUUCCCGCCAAUAUUCUCCUGAAGAAGCUUCGCCCAUCAAUAUUCCUACCCUCAAUUAUGCUUGCUUGGGGAACCGUGAUGGCAGAGGCUGGAUUGUACCCUGGCUGUGCAUAUUAUAUCACUAUGUGGUACUGUGCGAAGGAGGGCCAGUUCAGACAAGCACUGUUCUUCAGUGCUGCUAGCAUUGCGGGGGCGUUCUCAGGGUUACUAGCUUUUGGAAUUGCCAAGAUGCACGGAGUCGGUGGAUACGAGGGGUGGCGAUGGAUUUUUAUUCUAGAGGGCCUUGCCACGGUCGUCGUCGCGGUGAUAUCAUUUUUUACCAUCUACGAUUUUCCCGAGACCGCACCCUUUUUCACCGAGCGGGAGCGCGCAUUCGUUAUCCACCGGUUGAAGUACCAAAAUUCGAAACCUGGUUCUAAAGUUGCACAGGACGAUGAAUUCCGAUGGAAAUACGUCAUCGACGCAUUCAAAGACUGGCAGGUCUAUGUCGCUAUCAUCAUGUUCUGGGGUAUUGUUUGCCCACUGUAUGGCCUUUCACUUUUCUUGCCAUCCAUUAUCAGAGAUUUGGGUUUCACGUCCUCUACUGCCCAGCUGUUAACAGUCCCUGUUUACUGCACAGCUGCUACUAUCGCAAUUAUUUCAGCAUGGGUGGCAGAUAAAAAGGGGUCUCGUUCACCAUUUAUCCUUUUCUACAUGUGCAUCAUGGCUAUUGGAUUCAUCAUCUGUAUAGCAAGCGCUGGAAGGGGUGUGCCUGGUCUUGUGUAUGCUGGUGUUUUUAUCGCCGUGUGUGGUCUUUACCCUGCUUUCCCAGGGAACGUCACGUGGCUUAGCGGCAACCUGUCCGGCAGCUACAAACGCGCAACGGGCAUGGCUAUUCAAAUCGGGGUUGGAAACCUGUCAGGCACUAUGGCGUCCAACUUCUAUAGAGCCAGCGAUGCUCCGAAAUACUACAUGGGACACGGGAUAGAGCUCGGAUUCGUCAUCGCCGGUAUCAUUGCUGUGCUCGUUCUGCGAUUCUCUUAUCAGCACAUCAAUAAGAAGAGAGAUCUAGAGGGAACCGGGAACUUAACCGAGGAAGAGAUGGCCGCAAUGGGCGACAAGUCUCCUGCAUUCAGAUACUCGCUGUAA